AUGUCGAGUAUUUGUUCGACCUCCGUGGCGCGCUUGUCAGCAUCUUCCCACAUGGUGAACGUCUCAAGCUCGAUUUUGCAGUCUCCAUACCCAGAACAGUCCGCCGGACCCUUGAAUAGUGCAGAGAACUCUGCGGCGAGUUUGGCCAGCUCUACCUGUGCUGCAGCUUCGUUGUCGAGAUUGCCAAAGCAGGCCUUGAGUGCGGUGGCAAAGGCCACCUCGUUUGCGAAGGGGGUCAUGAUUCCUUGGGUACCUAACUGUACCGAUACAAGCUGGGCGAAGAAGGGGGUAGCCCAGGUGCGAGUGUCACCGUCAAGGAGGCUCAAAGCAACCUGCACCUUGAGCUCGAUGGUAGCCAACAAUGUAUUGACCAGCCAGUAUAUGCAGAGUUGGGAUAGGAACCAGUCGCACUCAAUGACGGUUUUUCCAUCGUAUUGGAGGGGGAGCAGGAGCCUCAGUGUCUCCUUAUCAGGAGGGGACGCUGGGGAUGACAUUACCAGCGAUGAGGGGGAUGGAGGACUGCCCGCAGGCGAAGAUGGCUGUUGUGACUGUCCACCGGGCGAACUUCGAGAGGAGCGAGUGCUCGAGCAGCCUCGUGGCGGCGACAGCGGUGGAGGCGACGGAGGAAUGUCCUUCGUCGGUAGUGAUGGACCGCGGAGUGCGAUUAGGGCACGGUUGCCAAUCACAAAUGAAGAACGGAGCUCUGGAUCCGUCGCUCUCUGGGUCGUCGUGGGAGACGUCGAUCUGCUCCUGGGUGUUGAAUGCGUGCUCGAGUCGAGAGCAGUCGAAGAAUUCGUCAGCCACGGUGAUGGGGGAGGGAAGGGGAGGUGCGCGUGCUACGAAAGGCCGUACUAG